AGUCUUGUGGGGAAGGCCAGAGAGAGAGACAUCUCCCUCUCACGGUUUAUCUGGUUGGUAAGUAACCCAGAGCCUUCUCUCAUCAAAAAGUCACAGUGGAGGGCCUAGACUUUUCUCCCUGCUCUGGAAUCCUCAAGGCUCUGGGGGAAUUUCCCACUCAAAGGUUGCUUUGAAGACAGCUGACAGAAGGCCAUGACUACCCUCUCUCCAGAAAACAGCCUCUCUGCCAUGAGAUCAGCCUCUUUCAUCCUGGUGAAGAGGAAACCGCCAAUCGACAAGACAGAAUGGGAUAGCUACUUUGAUGAGAAUGGUCACUUGGCCAAAUCCCGAGAUUUUAUUUGCCUCAAUAUCCUAGAGAGGGGCCUGCACCUUUCUGUAAGGACAGAGGCAUGGAAGUUCCUCACAGGCUACUACUCAUGGAGGAGUUCCAAGGAUGAGCGCCUGAUGGUGGACAGCACCCGCAAGAAAAACUAUGAGGCUUUAUGUGAAAUGUAUGAGAAAAUCCAACCACUCCUGGAAAAUUUGCACCGGAAUUUCAUGGAGACACGAAACAACAUCUCCUAUGACAUCCAGAGACUCUAUGACAAGGAUCCACUGGGCAACGUCAUUAUAGACAAGAAACGUCUGGAGAAGAUUCUACUCCUGAGUUAUGUAUGCAACACAGAGGCUGAAUACCAGCAGGGCUUCCAUGAGAUGGUGAUGCUCUUCCAGCUGAUGGUGGAGAAUGACCAUGAGACCUUCUGGCUUUUCCAGUUCUUUCUGCAGAAGACACAACACAGCUGUGUCAUUAAUAUCGGGGUGGGGAAGAACCUGGAAAUGCUCAGCAACUUGAUUUCUUUCCUGGAUCCCACCUUUGCUGAGCAUUUAAAAGGGAAAGGCGCGGGAGCUGUGCAAUCCCUCUUCCCCUGGUUCUGCCUCUUCUUCCAGAGGGCAUUCAAGUCAUUCGACGAUGUCUGGAGGCUCUGGGAGGUCUUGCUGACCGGGAAACCCUGCAGGAACUUCCAGGUGUUGGUAGCCUAUAGCAUGCUGCAGAUGGUGAAGGAGCAAGUCCUUCUGGAGAGUAUGAAUGGUGAAGAUAUCGUCAUGGCCUGCAAUAAUCUUAUCGACCUUGAUGCUGAUGAGCUUAUCUCAUCUGCCUGCUUGGUCUAUGCUGAACUAAUGCAGAAGGAUGUUCCAGAACCUUUAAAGGAAUUCUUCCAGUGAGGAAAUAACAUCGCUGUGCUCAAAGCAGACAGACGUAGUACCUGGGCAGUAAUGUCAGGAACAACUCAUUAGGAUGAGGGAAUAAUACACCACCAUUGGAAAUAACCAUG